AUGGCCAAAUCUGAGGAGCCAGAUGAGAAUGAACUUGUACCUGAACCGGAAAUUGUGCCGCUUGAUGUCUUUGAGGAGGAAGAGUCGGAAAUCAAUGACAGCGAUGAGGAUGCUCUCUGGAUGUCUUUCAUCAACAAUGCUGUUGGUCAGAUUUCGUCAGAACCGGAUGUGUUGUCUGGUAUCAAUCCUUUGCCCUCGUUCUGCAUCAAAGAAGAAAACAUCAAUAAUGUAACUGCAGAUAACUCGGCCUGGUUUCCAUUCCUGAAUAAAUAA